UGAAUACCCUGAAGAAAAUAGAAAUUUCCCUUUUCAGCUGGCUGCAACAAGUUGUUUUACAGUCGUGUUUGACCCCGUCUGUUUCCCCAGAGGACCGAGGUUCUAUGUUUGCGAGGCCCGUCGAGGUCCUGUCUCACUGCCAAAUGUCGGAUUGCAGAAAUUGAAUUUGCUCGUCUGUAAAAGAGUCUGAUCUCACGAAGAAGACUUAGUGAGGCUUCCUGUGGAAUAUGUCCAGCGAGGAGAGGCAGUCUGCCCUGUCUCGUAGUCCAAUAGCACCUAAAACAGAUCUCCCAGUAGGCUUGGAAUGUAUGCUGUAUAAGCGUGAUGGUGUCGUUUCUCAAGGGUCCACGCCACAGUCAUUCAAAGAUUGCAAUGCUGCUGCCAUGGAUCAGGUACUGUCGCAUGUGCUAGCACCGCUACUCCAGUGUUCCGACAAUCCAGACAGGCCAGUACUAAAUUUGCUGAACUGCUCUGGGCACAUCACCCGUCUUGUGCACCUUCUACUGGAGACUUGUCAUGCCCACCCAUUGCCAUGGCUUGAGCAGCGAGAUGCAGCAGUGGAUGGCAGAAUUGGUAGUCGGUACACUGAGCUGUUAAGCGCUGACCGCAAGUCUUCCACUGCCUUUGAUGGCAAUGAGGUGUACUCUGCGACUAGCCUAAAGUCGUGCUGGGCCAACACCUGUGUCUUUAAGGGUCGGUGGCAAUUUGAAGUGUCUCUGAUGACAAGUGGUGACAUACGGCUGGGUUGGAGUUGCAAUGCCCGUGCCGGUGGUACCUAUUUACUAUCCUUUCCUGACAAGGUGAUGCACGAGACCUGUCACUAUACUUACAGUGGCCGUCGGAAACUCAAGUUCUGUGGGGGACAGUGGAACUAUGGCGUCGAAUGGCUGGACGGUGAUGUUAUUGGUUGUCUCAUUGAUAUGGAUGCAGGGACAGUCAGUUACUCACGAAAUGGAGAUGACCUUGGCAUGGCGUUUGAUUGCAUCACGCGAGGAGCCAGCCACGCGUACAUGCCCUACGUCAGCGCGCCAGCGGGAGAGAAAUGCAUCGUGAACUUCGGCGGCCGUCCACUGCGCUACCCGAGCGCCGGUUACAAGCCGUUGGUCGACGGUGUUCCGUCGCAGUUUGGCGGUGCGUCCACUCUCUUGGAGUGCCUUCAUCGCCUGGCAGUGCUGGGUGCAUCGCCGCCGUCGUCGUCGGCUGUGCCGGUUACCUCCUCGCUGCUAGCCACCGCCACCGCACAGAUACAGGAUUCUCUGGCCAAAGUCACUUUCAUCGUUGGCCAUCACCUGUUCGUGCCUUUCUUAUCAGCUUACUUCCAGCGAGGUGUACAUUCGUAUCUGAUACCCAGUCAGCUCAUACCAUUCUUGCUCCAGUUGGAUGGGCCUGUAACAGCUGAGAACUCGCUGGCUCCACGACCCAUUCUUGCACGGUUCUUGGAGAUGAUGUCAUCCCUACUUGAUGUUGAGCAUCUUGCGAUUCUCCUCAAGUACAUCACUGAAGGGUUGCACUUGGUACACGGCUUCUCACCACUGUGCCUAGAUUUACAACCACAGCUUUCCUAUGCAGUCGUUCUCCUGGAGAUGCUGCGCAAUGCUCGCUGCCGCUCCCUCAUCGUGACGGACACAAGGAUUCGGUUUUCCGACUGGCUGGGAUAUGCCACGAAUGGCUCCAUCCCGGAGCCUGGUACACUGAAGGACAUGAUCCCAGUUGUGUGGUGGGAAGGCUGUCAAAUCCAGGAUGAACAGCACAACAAGCAGGCGUAUGAGCAGAUCACAGCGAAUCUUGUACGACAGUGUGCUGUGCUGGACAAGGUUCAUGAAUCGAUUUGCAAAGCACUGCUCCAGGACGAAGUGGAGGAUGGAGACAUGACGUUCUUUGACGAAUCAUCCCAGAUAGUUGUUGCACGAGAGCUGAGGCGGCAAGUUCGCAUGCUACCUGCUAAUCCCACUGCGGAUGCUGCACUAGAAACGUCGGCCAUCACUCUGCUUUCUGGUAUGGCAGUGCCGAUGGUCAAGGCUCUCUGUGAAGUCUGGGAUGAGCUGGCAGCUGACUUUCCUGCUGCUCCCAAGUCGAAAGAUCUUUGCCUUGUAGACAGUCUGUUCUACUCCUUGUCAGGACAUUGCAGUGAAUAUACUCGCUUGGGUGGCUCCCUGGCUCACCUCAGCAAGGAAUAUGCAGAGGCUCUUGAGGAGGAUGCCGAGACGUUUGGUGAAGAGGAAGAAGAGCUAUCUGAGUUUGCCACGCUGAUAAGUCUGGCCGACACCAUUCUGCUAAUCUUUCACAACUGGUCAUGUAAAGAUCUGAUUCUGUGCUCGCAAUGCUUCCAUCAAAUCAAGGAGUUGAACUCCUCCAUGGAGACAUUCAGAGAGUUACGUGAAAAGGCUGGUGACAGUGAGAAUUUUGAGGGUGAGACACUGACAUGUGUUGAUACCUACCUGCAACAGACACAGUCUGAGUUAGAACGCCAUUCUAGAACAAUGGCAUGCUUGAGAGCGUCCACAUUCUCAAAGGACAUGUGCGAUGUCUUAGCAUGGGCGUGUCACGUGACCAUGUCCGUCACUGCACGCUUUCUGGACAAGAAUGAGCUGUUCGGGUUUCUGCCAGAGCAUUAUGUACGCGUCAUGUUUGACAUGUUCUUCUGCCUGCGCGUUGUCCAUCAUAUUGUCCAUGACUUCUUCGAAAGGGAAGACGCUGACAGUCUAGUCAAGCAGCUGGCUCAGCUAAUAUGUAGAGUAGUGCCGAGCAAACACGUUGUUCUGCCGGAUGCGCAUGACAUGUGUACACAGUACCUGAGCAUGUUCUGCUGCUUACCGGAAUGCCGGGCGGCAAUCUCUGAACAGCCCGCAGACCAAUUGAAAGAGCUGUACCUUCAUGUGAUGGAGUCCCUAUCUGACAGUAAUAGUCAUAACUGGGUACAGGCCACUGUGGUUGCUACUCGUCUCUGGAUGAUUCCAUCAUUUGCUGAUCAUGCGGUGACUCCGCUACUGGUAGCACAGCCGUCCAUGGCUGCCGAGGAGGUGGUCUUGUUCCUGGAAACAGAUGCGUUCUCCGAGUAUGUGACGUACCCGAGUGCCAUGACCGACAAGGAAGUGGACUUGCUGAAGGAGUGCCUGAGUGACAAUGUCGUCAGUACUGGCCUACUCAACUCGCUGCUCAACCGUCUCAACUGGUCUUUCUCAGAGCUGGUUGGGAUUAUGCAAGAGUUGCAGUCAAGCGGCGGUGAUAGUCAUCGGCCCGACUAUGAGCGCCGCUUGACCAGAACGUGUUCGUUUAGCUUCAGUCUUGUCGUCAUGUUUCUCAGGCUUAUUGAGCGCAUCGCCCUGCUAGUACCUCAAGUCUGGGUUGGAAAGAACCACCCGACUGCUGCCAUCAUGCUACCAAGACUGUGUCAGACUCUCGGUCAGAUUCUCACUCGCUUUGCCACGCGGGGAAGCCUAUUUGAGCAGUUACCAGCACGGCAUUUAGCGGCUCUGCCCGAUGUGAAAGCUGCGUAUCUGCUCACAGCAUGUUCAGGGAUCUUCCUAAGCUUGACAAUAGAGGCAAGCACGCCGGACAUGCAGGAGCGUGGUGUACAGGCUAUUGUGGAGGAAACUAGUCUUGAACUCUCAAUACUUUGUCAGAUAAUAGGUGUUGACGUUGAUGAAGUUCGUCAGCGUCGCCGUGCUUCAUCAUCUACUAGUAACAGUUCCACUAGCCAAGAUAAGAAUAAUGACAGUGCCACUGUUGCUGCUGCUGCUGUUGAUGCUGCUGAAGCUACUGACACUCCAUCCGGUGCUGCUCUGCACAAUGCUGCACAGGAUGUGUCAUCACAGUUCCAUGGUUUCUCCCUGGGAGAUGUCGAAAUCUCCAAAGAGGACAAGCAUCGCAUUGCACAGCUUGCCGAUUUGAUUAUUGCCAAGGAUGCCAGCUUGAAGGAAGAGAAAGAUGGAUCGGAGUCGGAUGAGAAUCUCUGCUCUAUCUGUUGUGCUCAGUCUGUGUCUGUCAAGUUUGUACCAUGUUCUCACCAGUCAUGCAUGGCAUGUAUCUCGUAUCAGAUGAUGAAUGAUCCCCGGUGCUUCUUCUGCAAGGUUGAAGUGGAAUCGUUUGUAAGUUUAACUGACGAGGACAAGGCGGCAGCAUCCAGUCAGGAUUCCAGCAAGGAGACCAGCAGUGAACAGCAGCAGCAGAAGGAGGAGCAGAAAGACCAACCGAUCACUGGCUCUGAUGACAGUGAAUACACCGAUGAGAGGGGCAUGGUGCACGGCAGUGUGGAGCCACCCGCCACGGUGCUCCUAGCCGAGAAUCGGUUUGUCGACGAGAGCGAGUCCAUGCCACACCAUGCGCAGAGCAGAGAAGCUGGCACGCCGUCCGCAUCUCCGCCGCCACCGGCGGUGGCUGACAGUGACGCAGAUGUUGUCAGCCCUGACGAGGCAUGGAGCAACGACUCUGCUAAGGGUGCUGGGAACAUGACGUCCCCGUCGACAUGCCCUGAGGCUAAUGGUGGUGUGAGUAGUAGUAGUAGUAGUACUAUGGACAAAUCUGCAGUAGAGCCAACAGCAGUAGAACCGGAGCCAGAUCAUCCUCCUGUACACGAUACUGGUGAUGAGGACAUGGCUGUCAAUGAGCAAGGUGAUGGUGGCUCUGUGCCAAUGGAGAUUGAAGAGGAGGUGCAAGGUCACAAUGGUGAACAACUACUGCACGUGCAGGAUGACGGACUGAAUACAGCUGAAAUCCCAGAGGAAUGCAAUGGCGAGCAAAUAAUGGAAGAUGAGCAGCCACAGCUGCAGCAUCAUGAAAAGCAGGAGGAACAGUUGCAGGUUGUUGAGCUGCAAGCUCAUGAACAACAGCCACAGGAGGAGAGCCCUGUACAUCUCGACAGCGAUGUGAGCAAGACCAACUCCGCAAUGGACUUCGAGUAGAUAUAUCAUGCACGGCACAAGUGCAUGCCAACCUUAUGAAUAUGUUGGGUUCAUGGAAGAGCGCAUUGCUGGAAUGUACGCGUUUGUGUGUGUGUGUGUCUGUGUGUGUGUGUGUGUGUGUGUGUGUGUGUGUGUGUGUGUGUGUGUGUGUGUGUGUGUGUGUGUGUGUGUGUGUGUGUGUGUGUGUGUGUGUGUGUGUGUGU